AUGGCUAAAGGCAAAAAGAAGGAGACAGUUGAUGUCUUUGCCCGGUUAGGGUCCUCUCGGCAGUUUACCUCGGCAGGUAAAGUUGACCCAUCAGAAGUACGUCCUGCUGAACUUCUUGAUACUGCCAUUACCAUUGCCCCUGCUAUUCCACGAGUGGAGGUGAGUCUCAGUAUUCAAUUCCGCUGUCCUGUUCCUCUUAUUGAGGGGGAUAUUCUCCAAUUGUAUUUACCGGGAUUCCGUGGUAGGGCCUCUCUAUUCACCCCAGAGUCUCCUCUCAUGCAGAAUAUGACUCCAGUAAGAGACUUCCAGGGGUAUUGGUCUGGGGAUGGGAUGAAAAAGUCAAAAGGACCAGGGAAACAAACAAUGUUACUUAAAUGUGUUCGCCGUGUGGAUGCAGAGCAACUUGUAUUAAUUACGAUUCCUCGUACAUUGGGAUUGAUAGGACCAGAUAAACUUGCGUUGAAUUCUGCAAAGUUAAAAAUAAGUGGUACAGUGGCUCAUGCUGAGGGUGGUAAAAUUCUUAAACAGGCAUUUAUGUCCACUACAGAAAUUAAAAAACGACCUGUAAUAGAUGAGAUUGUGGAAUACAGAACUUUAAUUUCAUCUAUGGAUCAAACAGGUGGAUUGGAGGAAGCGAAUGAACAUGUGGCAGAGGAACUUUCUCUGGAAGAAGUGGAUCAAUUAUGGGAAGCUGCACAUGAAAGAUGUCCUUAUCCUAUUGGUUUACAAUGGCAUAUUGCUGUGGCUGCAUUCCAUUCAUAUGAAACUUAUGGACCUUUAUUAAAAACAAUUGUUGAAAAUGCUAUUGGUUGUGUUAAGAAAAGAAAUCCGUUAGGAUUACAAACUGAAAUUGCAAAAAAUUAUGGUAUAAAGGUUGGAGCUGUGGUACUUUUUCAGGAUGUGUUAAGUAUGUUGUAUGGAUCUAUGUAUCCUGAUCUUCCAAGUAGUGUACUCUUGGCUGUUCGUCUUUUUACAAUGGAACCUAUUGAUAUUGCACGUACCUUUUUGGUGAAUGAUCCACCUCAAGUGUCUCUUGCUCAGGAAAUUUUUAGUAGUUUCCGUACAGGAAAUACGGAAAAUCUUACAAAGUGGGCAUACACAGUUUCUACAUUAAUACUUAUUUGUGGUGUAAAUACUAAUGGUAUGGAACCAGCUCUCCUUGGAGCUACUCGACCUGUAUUAUAUUAUGGAAUAAAGGAACUUCCUCAGGAUGAGUUACAAUAUAUUCGUGGUUUACAAGAUGAUGAUUGGUAUAUGUUUCCUUCUUUUUCAAUGGUUCGACCAAAUGUAAAUUGGACGGAUGAGGAAGCUUUUCAAGUUCCUGAUAAUGCGGUUUUAUUUGAAAUUAGCAAUGUAGUGGAUGGAUUGGAAGUUUGUGAUGUUUCCAUGUAUCCAUAUGAUCGUGAAUGGCUCUUACCACUCUGUUCAUCUUUCCGAGUUCGAAGUGUAAAAACAUAUGAUGAUCGAAAUGGUCUUACCCAUGUUACUUUAGAAAUGUAUGGUUGUCUAUAUGGAGUGUUAAGAGAUAGUAUGAUUCCUGAAGAAGAUCGUACAGUGAUUGCAGUAGUAGCGAAAAAAAUACGCACAGAUGCGGAAAAAAGUUCCUCUCGUGUACGUUAUAUCGCAGAACAUGCAUAUUUAAAUGUUAAAUUAAAUGAACGUCUUCGUCUCUAUCCACAAACACUUCUCCGAGUACAAUAUGUAGAACACUACUUUGAGGUGAAACGUAAUUCACAAGCAAAGGCUUCUAUAGAAGAAGGAAUUGUUAAUUGGCAGGUGUGUACAACUCCCGUUCAAAUGAUAGAUCCAGUGGAGGGUGUCAUUAAACACGCCGCGUGGGAAUCUAUGCCAAGGAAAUUCGCUCUCAUAACAGAACAAUGUUUUCUUUCGAGAACGCGGGUAAAGAAGGUGUUUGAUGUUUCUGGUAUUAUUUUGGAUUUCGCUACUUAUCUUUGUGAUUACAGUGGGAAAGGACCUCGGCCUAUGCGACGAUUAGUGAGAAAACGCGUCUCCCACGAGGCCCCACUACCCGUACUCCCAGAAGUAGUUUCAUGA